AUGAGGUCCAGACGUCGCAACUUCUUCACGCCAGGCGCUUUCGCCCGGUGCCGGGUGACCCUGCUGCAGACGGGCCGGGACUUCUCUGCCAGCCCGGCGGACGGCGAGCACAGCCGCGGCGAUCUCGCCAGCGCGCUGCCCCAGCCGGCGGGCACCGGCGGCCGGGAGGCCUCCGCGCCCGCGGCGGGCGGCCUCGCCGGCGGGCCGCCCGCGGCAGGCCAGAACGCCACCGCGCCCCUGGGCGGCGGACAGCCCGCGGCCGGCCGCGACGGCCACGGAGCGGCCGCCGCGCCCGCGGCGGGCAGGCGGAAACUCCUCACGCAGAUGUACAGGCGCAGCGGCGCGGCCACCUGGACAGACGAGCGGCUGGGGCGAGAAGCCGGGCGAGUUCCCGGAAUUGCUGGUCCAGCGCACGGCAAGCGCUGGCUUCGACUGGAGCCCGCAGGUGCUCACGGCCGUUAA